AAUAAACCCUCAUAGGGGUCAUCAUGGCUUUUCAUGUGCCAGAAUAUCUCCUGAUGGUGCAAAGCUUGCAGUGGGCACCAGGACAGGACAAUUACAAGUUAGAAGUAUCCCCUCUCUAGAUAUCAUUGCUAACACCACUGCACAUGAGAAUGACAUAUCAUCUGCCAAGUUUUCACCUGAUGGGGAACUUCUUGUAACUGGUUCAAUGGAUAAAUGGGUGUCACUAUGGAAUAGUAGCAAUCUGGAUCGUAUCUGGAAGUACUAUGUUGGUUGUGGUGUUACAAGUUUGGAUGUUUAUAUAAUUGACAAAGUUUUCCGCAUUGCAUGUGGGGAUACAAGUGGCAGAAUGAAUGUACUGGAAGUUCACAAUGUUGAGCUUGGUCCCGUUCAUGCAUAUUCUGGAAGGUUUGUUCAUGACGACAGCCCACAUGGGUUUAGGUGCAGAUGGUGUGGUGCAUGGAAUGAGGCAGAACCUGCUGAUGACACAAUGGUCAACUGUCAGUUUUGUUCAAGCCCCAUUCAUCACAUAAGACAAUUUCUUAGUGGAGUCUACACAGCAGACUAGUUAGACUUCACACAACUUCAGAGAAGGAAAUCCCGAUGAACAUGUUACACACGAAUCUGAAAUAUGUGACAAUAUAAUAUUUACAAUGUACCAUUGAUUUAUACCAUUGUCAUGAUUUGUUUGCACAGAAAAGGAUAUAACAAUGAAAUCUCAAAGUUCCUGCCAAUUCAAGAUUAUGGCAGCCAUUAUGUAUUUCAAGGGCACAAAUCAUGAGAAAGAAAUUCUCAUAUUAUAUUUUACUAAAUCAAUUUAAGUUCCACAUAUUAUUAUGUCUGUAAACCAGUAUAAAUAAGGGGUACGAAACAUGAGAAAGUUACAUUACUCUACUUUAUUACUUUUCUUACUGUAAUUGAAAAUUGUAAUUGUUGGAUGUAUGUUUGGCCUUAAAAAGGCACCAGUACAAAUAAAAUCCUAUAAGGUGACAUUUAUUGAUUCUCCAAGGCAUGAAUCAGAGAAUGAUACAAUCUUUACUUC